AUAAAGUCAAAUCUAAAUUAAAAUGUUAAAAGCACGUCAGUAAGUGGAUCGCUCACGAACGUUGUUGUUGACAGUGACCAUAGUGAUGAUGGCGUCAAUCAGCACCAGGGAGAAACUUUUGUCUCUCAUUGAUGAUACAGAAUUAAUAUCAAAGGAGUUGCUGGAAAACAGUGUUGCACCGAAGCAGCAGCGUUUAUCUCCCACUGAGUUGGCUCAACUGGUCGAGCUGCUCAUCCUCAAAGAUGCCGAACUAAAAGACACAAUUAAGCUGGCAAAUGACCAGGCCAGGAUAGCAGGGAUUAUGGAGACAGUUGAGGCAGAAGUAGAUAAGCAUGACCAGAUGAUCCUCCAGCUUGAGAAACAGCUGCAUGAUGCGCACCACACCCUGAGUGUAGCAUUGUACCAAGCCCGGCAGAAACUACAGAGUAUUGCAAGAGCUAACAAGCGUCCUGUCAACAGUGAAGAGCUUAUCAAGUAUGCUCACCGCAUAUCCUCCUCGUACUCAGUGUCCGCACCAGACACGUGGCAGCAGGGCGAUCAAAGGAGACCGUACCCCACUGAUUUGGAAAUGCGGGCAGGAUUUCUAGGACAAAAUGGGCAGCUACUACAUACGCAUUCCCACUCAGACACGAUAGCAAGAGGUCACCACGCGGGUAAGUAUGAGCCAGCUUCAUCAGGUCUGGGUGGGACAUUUUCAUGGCAGACAUCAGGAGAGCUCCAAGUUCACGUUGGGAGUCAUACUGCGGUGGUGGAGAAGAAAGAACAGGAAGAUGUGGAAGUGAUGAGCACGGACUCGUCCUCGUCGUCCUCCUCGGAUUCCCAGUGACCCCAAACUCAAGGAUGUAUAACAGCAUAAUCUGAAAGUCCAGCAUGGCAUCAUCUGCUGUGUGUCAUAGAUUAUUACAGAAGAUUCUGUAAAAAAAUCUCGCCAUAGUUUGGGCAUAUUAUCCAAGCUUCACCAUUUGUGAUUAUGACUAUCGUGAAUGGGUAACUAGUUUGUACUUUAAUAUCUACCGAUAUCAUUGCAAAUUAAGGUUUUCAGUAGAAAAUAGGAGAUCAACUGAAGUAAAUCUUCAAACUGUUGUACUAGUUUGACUUUCACUGAAGAUGUGAAGUUAAAUUAUUUAUUGGAUUACUAUUUUCCAACCUCAGGAAGUAUCCCUUGAGUCAAAUGCAGAGACUUGGUGUCUAUGCAUUAUGGAACAGUUGGUGUGUUCUCUAUAAUAUUUUUUUACAUUAAUAUAACACAAUUUUUUAUAGAGAGAUUUGCAAUGCAAUUAAAUAAACUAUUGUGUCUGAACACUUAUUAUCCAAAUAUGCCAGAUACUUGAAUAUUGUCAUGAUAAUUCACCAGUCACCUGGACACAGAUUUUGGAGUUGACCAGUGGACAGCAUACUUGUUUAUUUCCAUGCACCUGAAACAACAUGUAUGACCGACCACCAGGUGACAUCUUAGUUUGUCUUGGCAUACCUGUAAAUUGAAGGAAUUAAAUUAUGAAAUACAGUGUACUUUCCACAUUAUCACUGAAAAUUGUGUGAAUCCCUUGACAGGAAUGAAAUGGAAACAUGAGCAAAGUAAUGAAAAGUUCUUUUACAAGGACCUUGAAAGUAAGAUAAAGCAGACUGGUACUGGAACAAAAUAUAUAAAUCAUAUGAUGGAUUACAUUGAUGACACACACUGUACCUUCAGUAUCUUCUCAUACCAGAGUUUUGUCCAACUAGCAAUGCACUCCAACUUCUGUAAAUAUUGCAUGAAGACCAAAGACAUACUGGUGUAAAAUUUUUGAAGUGAGCACUACAUCUACAUUUAAGUAGAAUAUGAAUUUUGUAUUUAAUAAAAGUUUAUAUUCUACAUGUUUGGGGGACCAUUCUUUUAUCUGAGCAGUGCCAGGUCCCAUGGUGUUUUGAUGCCAUACUGUCAAUAUGGCAUCACAAUAUCACAAUACACUGUGUGAUACUAAUUACAGUGGUACCUUCACUUACGAUUUCAAUCCGUUCCAAGAGACAGGUUGUACACCAAAAAAUUGUAAACCAAAACUAAUUUUCUCAUAAAUAAUGUAAAUUGAAUUAAUCCAUUAAACACACCAAAAUAUAUUAACUUAAAAAUACAUUUUAUACAGAAUACUACUCAUAAUUGUUAGUAUUCCUUUAUUGAGGACUUUUGUUGGCGUAUGGAAGACGGUGAGGAGGGGGGGGAGGUGUUAGUGUUUUAAAGGGAAGUCCCCUUCCAAUAUAACAUCAGGCAGUAAUGACAUUUCUAGGGUACUCUCUCUCUCUCUCUCUCAUUUUGCAGGCAUUCCACUAGGACCUGGUUGUGGCUCAUUACUUGCUUGUCUGGAGUGAGAUAUCACAUUCAUUAACUAUGAAUGAUCUCUUGUUUUUCCUCUAUUGUCAUCCUCACACUAUUCUAUUAGGUUGAACUUUGCUACUGACUCUCUUGGGACCCAUGGCGUGAUAUAUAAUAAUAACUUUUAUGGUCUGAAACCAAAAAAGCAGAAAAACAAUACAAGUCUUUACAAAGAAUUCAAGCACGGUUGUCACUAGGUGGGAUACACUGGUAAACUGAGUGCCUCGCCCGCGCCCAACAGCACCACGUGCUCGCUCGACCCAUACAGGUAUCAACAGACGAAUCGUAUUCCAAUGCAAAUGUACACCAAUUCAAAUGUUAUGAGACAUUUGACGUUGUGUACCAAAAAAAUCGUAAUCUAGGGCUAUCGUAAACCAAGGUACCACUGUACAUACAUUUGUGUAAAUACAGUUGAACAUGAGUGUGAGUGCAUUGUCCAGUGCAUUGAUUGCAAAUAAGUGCAAACAUAUUUUAAUGUUUUAUUCACAGUUCAAUACAGUAUGUUACAUGCAAAGGGGCAGCUGACUAAAGAAAGUUUAUUAUAAAUCUAGUAUUUAUGCAAAAAGGUUUUACUAAAGGUGUGUAAAAUGCACAUUUAUCUUUGGUACUGACUUGUAUAUUUUGGCAAGAUGAGCUUGAGCGUAUAGUGCUACCUGUGAUGAAUAAAAGGGAUGUUUGUCAUGAUAAGUUUUUGGUAAUGCAUCUGUCCUUUAUAUGUAGUGCAGUGAUACCAAGAUAUUGCCUCUGGCCAGCUAAGUGUAAAAGUUGCAAAAUAAAUUGUUUUUGUCAUUACAAUUGUUGAAUUUGCAUUCCUUGCUACAUAAAAUCCAUGUUGAAAGUUUUAUGAACAUUUUUAACAAUAGCUGACUGACAGCCAAAAGCUUUGGAAUAUCCUAGUAAUACUGUAUGAAUAAAAUGUUUAUAUUAAUUAAAUUGUUAGUAACCCCACAAGUUAAAAGGUUUUCUACUUAAUGCUUGAGGUACAGUAUUUAUAACUUAUUUAUAUUGUCCCUCAAAAUUUCUCAAUGGGUUAUUUCUGUACUAAGCAUUUAUAUAUUUUGUACAUAGUUCUCAUGUGCAGGUAAUUGUGUACAGGUAAUUGUUAACAUCCUUAAAUUUUGCUACAAGCGAGUUCUUCCUGUGAACUGCCAUACAUGUGGUUCAGCAUUAGAUCAUGAAACAACCAAAUAAAAACGAGUAUAACUA